AUGACCUCUGAAGAGGGUAGCCUCUUAUUGGCAAGUAGCUCUGGAAUCAAAGAGGGAGAUAUUGAUGGGAAGGUUGUACAUGAUCUUCUUCAACUCCUUGGCGAUUACCCACUCGCGCUCGAGCAAGCAGGAGCGUACAUUGCAGUCCGGAAAACUAAGGCUGUGACAGGCUCACAGGCACACUCGGAUAGGUUACGGAACUAUAUCCAAGAGUUUCAUAUAAACGCUGCUAGGCUUUUGCAAUACAGGAGGCCUGUAGCCAUAUGGGAUUAUCGAAAUGAGACUGUGCUCACCACUUGGGAAGUAUCGUAUCAAAAAAUUGAGCGAGAAAGUCCGGAGGCCAGCGAACUGCUUUCUUCUAUGUGGAUUUCAUUCUGA